AUGACUGGACAUGAAAAAGUAUCGUAUGAAAUUAAAGUGGCUGCGUUUUAUAAUGAUUUUUUGUAUUGCGAUCCAAGAUCAGAACAAACUAGUUCAAAAAGAGUAGAACUCAAAGGGUCAUAUUUUUUUAGGAUCGAUAAUAAAUUAUUUGAAAUAAAAUGUCCAAAUUUGGAUAAAAAGUCAAACAUCAAUUUCCGUAUUUUUGAAAUUGAUUAUUUUGAAACCUUUUCAAAAUUCCCACUCAAUUCUUCAUUUUGUAUUGGAAAUAUAGAAACUGAAAAUUUUUAUAGUUCAAUUUGUUUAUUUUUUAUAUAUCACGAGCAAUUAGAAUUAAUUGCUAAUAAAGAAAAUUAA